GCUCAGUUGAGCUCUUGUCGGUAACGUUUGCAUUUGAUAGUGCUAUGUCACCUUGACAGGAUCUAAACUACCAGAGAGGCAAGACACAGGACCUGUCUGUGGAGGGCAGACAGAGGAGACACACCUAAAACGUGGGCAGUAGCAUUUCGUGGGCCUAGGUGACCAUGAAUAAUUUAAAUAAGACAGUAAAUGAAGGGGAUUCAAGUCUGGCUACCGAGCUACAGGAAGAGCCCGAGGAAAAUCCCGGCCCUGUUGUGGAUGAGAAUAUAGUAUCAGCCAAAAAACAGGGACCGAGCACACACAAUUGGAGCGGUGAUUGGAGCUUUUGGAUCUCGAGUUCCACCUAUAAAGACAGGAAUGAGGAAUACAGACAGCAGUUCACACACCUGCCGGACUCGGAGAAGCUGAUAGCAGAUUAUGCUUGCGCUCUUCAGAAGGAUAUCUUGGUUCAGGGGAGGCUGUACCUUUCAGAAAACUGGCUGUGUUUCUAUAGCAACAUCUUCAGAUGGGAAACUACAAUUUCUAUUGCUUUAAAGAAUAUAACCUUUAUGACCAAGGAGAAAACUGCUCGACUUAUCCCAAAUGCUAUCCAGAUCAUCGCGGAGGGGGAAAAGUUUUUCUUUACAUCUUUUGGUGCCAGAGACAGAAGUUACCUGAUCAUAUUUAGGUUGUGGCAGAAUGUAUUACUAGAUAAGAGCCUGACCAGACAGGAGUUCUGGCAACUGCUCCAGCAGAACUAUGGCACGGAGCUAGGCUUAAACGCUGAAGAAAUGGAACACUUGUUAUCAAUUGAAGAAAAUGUGCACCCAAGAAGUCCAGGAAGGAGCAGCGUGGAUGACGCUGGGGAAAGAGAUGAGAAGUUCUCCCAGGCCAUCAGCUUCACACAGGAGUCGGUUAGCAGAGUUUCAGAAACAGAGUCCUUGGAUGGGAGCUCACCGAAAAGAGGAUUAGGCAAAGAGAACUCCCAGAGCGAGAGACACGUGAGGAAAAGUCCUUCGCUAGCUUCAGAAAAGAGGUUAAGCAGAGCACCCUCCAAGUCACUGGACUUGAACAAGAAUGAGUACCUUUCUCUGGAUAAAAGCAGCACUUCAGAUUCUGUGGACGAAGAAAAUAUUCCCGAGAAAGAUCUUCAAGGAAGACUUUAUAUCAACCGUGUCUUUCACAUCAGCGCUGAGAGAAUGUUUGAACUGCUGUUCACUAGCUCGCACUUUAUGCAGAGAUUUGCGAAUUCUAGAAAUAUAAUAGAUGUGGUAUCUACCCCCUGGACAGUUGAAUCUGGAGGCAAUCAGCUGCGAACCAUGACCUACACCGUAGUCCUCAGCAACCCGCUAACUGGGAAGUAUACUGCUGCCACAGAAAAGCAGACCCUGUAUAAAGAGAGCCGGGAAGCACAGUUUUACCUGGUAGACUCCGAAGUGCUGACACACGAUGUGCCCUAUCACGACUACUUCUACACUUUGAAUAGAUACUGUAUCGUGAGAUCUGCAAAACAGAGAUGCAGGCUGAGAGUCUCCACAGACGUGAAGUACAGGAAACAACCAUGGGGCCUUAUCAAGUCUUUAAUUGAGAAGAAUUCCUGGAGUUCACUGGAGAGCUACUUCAAAAAGCUUGAAUCCGAUUUGUUAAUGGAAGAGUCUGUGUUGAGUCAAUCCAUUGAAGAUGCUGGAAAACAUAGCAGCCUACGCCGGAGAAGGCGGACCUUGAACCGGACAGCAGAGCCCGUUCCAAAGCUGUCCUCUCAGCACUCUUCCACAGAUUUGGGCUUCGAGGCCAAAGUCGAUGUUACAGGAAAGAGAAAGGCCGUGGACAGUUGUGACACCGCCCUUAUUGUGGUGAUGAGUGUAUUCUUGCUGCUGCUCGUUCUGCUGAAUGUGACACUAUUUCUGAAGCUGUCAAAGAUAGAACACGCCACCCAGUCCUUCUACCAGCUUCACCUCCAGGGAGAAAAAUCUUUAAAUUUAGUUUCUGACAGGUUCUCAAGAACAGAAAAUAUUCAAAAGAACAAAGAUCAGGCCCACCGUCUAAAAGGAGUACUCCAAGAUUCCAUAGUGAUGUUGGAACAGCUGAAGAGCUCACUCAUUAUGCUUCAAAAAACCUUUGAUUUACUAAAUAAGAACAAGUCUGGGGUGGCUGUGGAGAGCUAGUGCUGAAAUGUGGAAACCAAAGAGACAUCUGGACCUAGAAGGCAACAUCUGGAAGGAAAUCGGAGGAUGAAGACUGUCACUGUCAUAAGGACAUUUCUGAUAUUUUUAUUACCAGGAUUUCUACCAGGAAAGCUGUAUUUAAAUAACAUUUACUCAAUGACUACUCUCCAAUAGCCUUAAGACUCUAUCUUUUCACUUCUUAUAAAUACUUUUAAGCUGUGAAUUUCUCCAGUGAACCAUGAAAUAUAUUUUGGAAUUGAAAUUCUGUGACACAAAAGGGGAAGGAAGGCACGGUGGGUAGGAUGGCUAUUCUUCCAUAGUGAGGCUUGCUACUUGAUCCUUUAAAUUUAUUUAUGUUAGCACAGAGUCCCUGUGUGCCCGGGGUGGGGUGGGGUGGGGGGGGCUGCGUUUGUAACUGAGUUUAAGAGCCUAAAAAGGUAAGAAGAAACCCCUCAAUCAUUUAUCACCUUAAAGGAUCAUUUUCCAAGUGCAUACAUUCCAGGCUUGUAUCUUUAAAUUUUACAGUGCCUUCCUGACUUGGCCUCAAGGCCAGUGGUCAGACCUUUUGUAUGUCCGAAAGAGUCAUUGGCCAUGUUGUAUCUGAAUGAAGGGAUAUAUAUGUAUACACACACAUAUAUACAUGUACAUAUAUACAUAUGUGUGUGCGUAUAUGUAUGUAUGUAUAUGUACCAAAGGUGAGAGUAUCCUUUAUAUAUCAAAAAGACUGAACAGUAAUUUAGGAGAAGGAAGUAUAUAGGACAUCAAUGCUCAUAAUGAACUACUUUCAGUUUUAGAAGUCGUAAGAUUAUUAUAAAAUCUGGGCAUUCCAUGACAGAUCAAAUUGAGUCCAUGAGUAAUGCUUAGAUUCAGCUUAGCAACACCCAUGAUAGAGGUGGCCCAUCAGGUAGAAAAUAAUUAAUCACUUUUCAGUAGCAGCUAACUUGUCUUGCUGGCAAAUUAUAACCUGGACACAAACUUGCACUCAGCAAUAAAGACUAGGGGACAUGCAGGUUGACCGGAGUUGAGAGGCACAAGCUUGGGCUCUCAGGAAAGCCACUCAGGCACUUGUGUCAGUAUCAGUGGUUUGUGAAAAUAAGGACUUGGCGACUUGACUUGAAAUUAGUUGUGUCCCCGGGGAUUUAGGAAAUGUUCAGGACUUAUUUAUUGUUUUGUUUUCUAGCUGUCUUUCUAGAACACGCACAUAUAUUUAUUUUUAUUGAAUAUCCAUUGCCUUUAGUCAAUGUUUCCUUUUCCUCAGUGUCACCAAAGCCAAAUGUCAUUGCUAACAAUGUUUUUGAGACGCCUGUAGGGAAUAAAAAUACUGGCUAAAGGGAAGGGUUUCUCUUCAUGAAUCCUAACUAAUUUCCCUGGGGAAGGGGGCUUCGGAGUAAUACCUCCUGUUCUGUUCUGUUCUGUUCUGUUCUGUUCUGUUCUGUUCUGUUCGGUUCGGUUCGGUUCUGUUUUGUUUGUGAUAAGAACAUAGGAAGUCUCUGGCUGUGAGUUUGAGUGACUGGAUUAAAAACUUCAGAUUGUUAAAUUUAGAAAAAUGUUAACUGUCAAAGUGAAUGCUUUUGUGGUUUCUCUUAAAGCACUUCACCAUAUACCUCAAAGAUUAUCCACGUCACUUUGUAGAUAAAACACUAAAUAUGUACGUAGAAUUAAUGAGAUCUUAAUCUGUUAUGUUUGGAUUGACUUCAAAUAAAACCGGAAAUGUUUAAGUUGU